AUGAGCGGUCUGCGUAAACACGUAACUAUGGCACUGGUGCUACUGAUGUGCGCGCUGACCGGCCAUAGCAGCGAGAGCGCGCCCUCGGCAGCACUGGAGUCGGCUGCAGGCGGCAGGAACGCGCAGCAGGACUGGAGGCGGAUGGUAGAGAUCGUGAAACACGUGGAGGACAACCGGGGUCGCCACAGCGCCAAAACGGCAGCCCCGUUAACAGCGAGGAGCCCUGCGGUGCAACCAAAUGAUUUACGCAAGCUGAAAACAGACAGAGGGGAUCAGACUGUCGGCGUAUUCCCCAGAGAUUUCAGAAAGAAGGAGAAAUUCCUAAAACAUAUAACAGGUCCGCUUUACUUCGGUCCAAAGUGCAGGAAGCACGUGUACAGACUCUACCACCACACCAGAGACUGCACGAUACCUGCAUACUUCAAAAGAUGUGCACGGCUUCUCACAAGACUAGCUGGCAGCCCGCAGUGCACAGAGGGGUAGCACACACAAGGUUGAAACCAAAACACAAGUUCUUCACAAGAAAAGAAAACGUGGGGUGAAAAAGUUCCUUGGACAGUGAGAGGGAAGCUAAAUAUUCUCUGACCAGCCCCAACUGACAUUAGGGAAAG